CAACCACAAAUAUUUCAUCACAUAAACUAAUUGAAUUAUCCUAAAUUCCUGAUGACUCAUCUCUGCUAAAUUCCAUGACCAACCUUCUCACUGAAGUGGCGUUGAAGAAAUUUUUGACAAGUGAGAUGGGUUCUAUGUCACUACAAAUAUGCCCAAAACAAUUCAGUAUGUUCUUCAGUGAGAAAUUAAUGGAAGAUGCUCUUCUGGAUGCAUUUAAUGCUAGAUAGCCAGAACCAGAACUGAAAAAUAACAUAGGAAGCAAUUGGAAAACAAGAAUCAGAACUGAAAAAUGGCCUAGGAAUCAACUGGAAACAAUUACGGCCAGCAAAAUCAUAUUAUCCGAACUUGGAAGGCCCGGAAAACAUUGAGAGAUGUUUUUUAUCAGUUAAUUUUAUGCUGUCUGUCAAAAAUGGUGGCCGACUGAUUAGAAAUAAUAGAAAUGUGCUUCUAAUUGUAAAUUAUAUUUCUUUGUUCUUCGACUAUAAAAAUAAGGACGAAGAGAGGCGGUCGUGAAAAUGAACCCUGUUUAUGAAAUUAUGGAAUUUUCUUGUUUAAGUUCUCUUGUUUUUCUGUUUCCAACGCUCUUAUUUGGUAUCAUAUAUGCUUGUUCACUGUGGAGCUGCAGCACUUCAAAAUCAUCUCCAAAGAAGGCGAAUAAUCAUUGUCAUACUGAUUCUUAUACAACUUACACCCAGACAAGGAUAUGUUCUUCUGCUUUUGCUCUUUUCAAAAAGAGGUUUAAGGCCUUGAUGCAGAGGCAGAGUCACUCGGACAAAAAUGGCAAGCCCCAAAGUGAAGCCUCUGAACUGCCAGUGCUUCCUAAGCCAUCUGGUCCGGUGUAUAUGCUUGAAAGAAGAUUAGUACAGAGUAGCACAAGCCCUUCAGAUAGUUGUAGCUGGACUUCAGAAACACCAACAGAAAAGAAACUGUUGACUCCACUUUGCAGCAAUUCCAUCAGUGUGGAAAAUUCAAGGCCCUGCUUUAAGCGGUCAGAGGAAUUAUGUUGUGCUGUUACAGAUGGACAAUUUCAAGUUAGUAAUAAGAGUAGGAAGAGCAGAAGGGAAACCGUUUCUGAGCUUACACAAAGGGUUAUGGUUUAUGUUAGGGUGAGACCUCUGUCAAAGAAAGAAGAAGAAAUGGGUGCCCGUAGUUGUGUUGGUACUGUGAGCAACAAGGACAUCUUAUUGAAAGAGAUUGGAAACAAGGAAAUUUCAAGUUCCAAGAGGAAUUGUAGUCAGACUUACACAUUUGAUGCGGUUUUCCCUGAAGAUGUUGAGCAACAAGAAGUUUACAACACAAGCACUGCAGAGCUUGUUGAUGCUAUUCUCCAUGGAAGAAAUGCAUGUGUGUUUUGCUAUGGAACGACAGGAGCAGGCAAAACUCAUACAAUGUUGGGAACCGUUAAGACUCCAGGUGUGAUGGCCAUGUCGAUAAAAGAUGUCUUUACAAAGAUUGGGCAGCAGAACUGUUACCAUGAACCAGUAGUUAUGCUUUCUUAUCUUGAGAUUUACAAUGAAUCUGUGAAGGAUCUCCUCUCACCUGGCAGGCCUCUUGUUCUGAGAGAGGACAAACAGGGCAAUGUCUCUUCACUAGGGAUCACCCAGCAUAGGGCUCAUUCAACUAAAGAGGUAAUGGAAUUGCUUUAUCAAGGAAAUCAGAAUAGAACUACAGCAUCCACUCGAAUGAAUGAGACUUCAUCUCGGUCUCAUGCCAUUUUUCAGGUUAUGGUGGAAUGGAAAGUAGAUGGGGGGUUAAGCACUGUUACCCGCAAGGGUAAACUGUCUCUGGUAGAUUUGGCAGGGUCCGAGAGGGCUGUGGCCACAGAUCAAAGGACGGUCAGAUCUACAGAAGGAGCCAACAUAAACAAAUCACUAUUGGCCCUUAGUAGCUGUAUAAAUGCUCUAGUUGAAAGGAAAAGGCACAUACCUUACAGAGAUUCUAAACUUACUCAACUUCUCAAGGAUUCAUUAGGUGGAACCUGUCAAACUGCCAUUAUUGCAAAUAUCAGUCCAAGUAAUUUAACUUAUUCAGAAACAAAGAACACUCUUCACUGGGCAGAUCGGGCAAAAGAAAUUCGCACAAGAGCCUGUAUUAAUGAAGAGUUGGAGAAACUUGAAGUCCAAAUUGAACACUCCAAGCUGCUCCUUGAAAUGCAAAAGGAGAUUCAACAAUUAAGAAUGCAGAAUGAUCAGUUGCAGCGAAAGUUAAUUGCUGUGGAAAACCAAAGACUAGAUUCUACUCCAUCUGGGCUUUCCUCAUCUCGCAUGCUCCCUUUACCUAGUACUGUCCACACUCCCAGGCCCGAGUUGUCCAGCAAUGGUCAUUGGACAGAGCAACAUGCCAAAGAAGUUAACAUUCAAGAGCUAAAUAUGAACCUCCAGCCUUUCAAAGAGGAGUCUGAUCAUUUGAAAAUAGAGUCUGCUUUGAAGGAGAAACAACUCACCACCCAUCUUUUGUCUCUGAAACGAGAGUAUAGUCUCCAGCUGAAGCACAAGGAUGGCAUCAUAGGCAAGCUUUGUGAAACGGCACCUGACCUAGAACAGAGGAUUCAGAGUACUAAUUUUGGUCGAAUAAAUGCUCCUCUUCCUGUGAUAAAGCCACUGCCGUCUCUUGAGAAACCAACAGGGAAAACUAUUUCUGCCUCUCAAAAUGACUAUAACGGCGCUCAUUCAAAAGCUGAUCAAUGGGGAAGAAAACCUAGCUUCCCAAAUGUACAACUGAGGAACCCAUCUCCAUCUCCCUCUGUUGUGUUUACUUUUCCUGCAUCAAGGAAAAAACGUGCCUUUGGGGAUAUCACCAAAAGACCUGCAGCCCCAAAAAGCAGAAGUAGAAGCAAUAUCAGGGAUAUCACCAAAAGACCUGAAGCCCUAAAGAGCAGAAGCAACAUUAGGGAUGCACCUUAAAUACUUCUACAGACGCAGGAGUAGACGCACUGUUUUAGUCUGAAUAACUUACCAGUGGAAGGUCAGCUAUUGAAGACAUGGGUUCCAUUUGUCCUCCGUCAGCAUAAAUUGACUAAGGCAGUAAAGGAAUUAUAAAGGCCGCCCUUCAAAGAUCAGAGUACCAAAGUGCAUAUAAAGAGAAAUGUGAGCGAAAAAUAAACCACACGCAAAUCCUAAAGAAUAGAGCUUAAGAAAACCAUACAAAAGAAGCCGCUCAGGGAUAUAGCAUGCCAAAAAAAUAAUGGAUGUCCUAUUGUUUCAGUUGUUGAUGUUGCAUAGAAGAUAUUACUGUUCCACAUGUUAGAUGUCCAUGAAACAACAAUUCUGGCAUUCUUGUAGAAGAAAUUCAGAAAUAUUAUAGAAAUUAUCUUUUCAAA